AUGUCAGCAAGGCACUCCAGAGCGCAGAGCUUUGGUACCCACCCCUGGAGCAGCUCCGAGCUCAUACCUCCUGCGCUAUUAGAGCCAUCAUCGCCGAGCGUCAUUCCUCUUGCACCAGAUAAAAUGCAUACCGAAUGUUUCGACACUUCCGUUCCUCUCUGGAUCCUGCAUGUGGAUAGCUCGGCAAACCAGCAAGGCUGUGGCGCCGGGCUGGUGUUAACCACUCCGGACGGUAGCAAAAUUGAGUAUGCCCUCCGAUUCAACUUCCGGACCUCCAAUAACGAGGCAGAAUAUGAGGCCCUCCUGGCUGGCCUUCGGCUAACCAAGAACAUGAGCGCGAGGCAGAUCAGCAUUCACAGUGACUCCCAGCUCAUAGUAAAUCAGAUAACGGCAGACUUCGCAGCAAAGGAUGCCUCCAUGUCAGCCUAUCUCUCGGCAGUUCACCAACUACUACAGAAAUUCCAGGCCUACGAGAUACGGCAGAAAAUAGCCACGCCGACGCGCUCUCACGAUUGGCUUCGGCAAUAA